UGGCAGCACGCGAAAAAGCGGUCCUUCAGUUUUCUUCAGCAAAUUGCACGUUCUCCAGUCAAAGUGCGUACGCGUUCGUUUCGUAAAAACGUGCCACCGUUGUCGUUGCAGCGCUAAAACAGCUCGGAAAAUUCGUCGAAACAGCAAAUGCAUAAUUAGUAGAUCAAUUGGAGAACGGCAUAACGCAACACCACCACGCAUUAUUGACAAGUACAGUUGAGUAUAAAAGUUGGAGUGUCAGUCGUUGGUUGUUGUCCGUGUUGUCCGUUGUGGCUGUCGCAGCCAAUGCGGCUAAUUAAAACUUUGCUGCAAGACGUUGUCGCUUGACGCUGUCAAUUAGCACGUGACCGGAACGAAGCGACAGGCGAUUGAGUAGAAGACCGUAGAAGCAGCCACUAGCAACGAGGAAACGACAACGGAACAGACGCAUAGAGGAAGAAGAAGAAGGGCACAUUUCUUCGAGUGAACGCAGCUGUAACGAAGGCCGCCACAUUGGAAGGAAAAAAGCUAUUUACGGCAGUUAAUAAAUUUUUAACUGGUUCCACAUUCGCUCGGGAGCUAAGGCAGCUAAUGACGAGGAACACGGCGGUCAGUGGCGAUGAACCAGAUGACGAUCAGUCGGCAGAGGAGCAGGAACAGGACCAGCAACAGCAGCAGCAGCAGCACCAGCAGCAGGCAGAACAGUCAGCAGAGGCGCAGAACACAAGUGAAGGAGCGACGACGGGAGCGCUAGAGGCUGGCCAGCAGCAACAGAGAAAGCAGCACCCACAGCAACGUCAGAGACAACAACGCAAAAAAGUGACCACACAACUACAAAAACAGCAACAGAAACCACAACGAAGCACAACAAGCGCUGCCAACUCAGAUGGAGACACAGACUCCUCGUCAUGCGACACGCAUCAUGAGGUGCGCCGGCAGCGGAGCAGCACGCGCGUAAGCUAUGCCCAGAAGAAUCUCAGCGAGCAUGUGGUCUAUGAGCAGUACUGUGACGAAAACGAGUACGAACUGGAGGAGGAGGACGAUGUCGAUGAGGAUGGAGAGGUGGAGCAAGGAGAUGGCAAGAGCAAGGGUAAGACUGUCGCAACAGCCGCCUACAUCGACGAGGCCGAUGAGUAUGAUGAGGCCGGUGGCUUAGGCAGCGAAGAUUACUUUUGCGAUGAGUCGCCCACACCGCACGCGCCCGCUGAUCUGGCCUCGCUAAGUGUACGCAGAGGUGUUGGGGGCGGCGUGGGACUCGGUGGCGGUGGCACUCGGAGCAAACGCAAAACGAAAACGCGUCAAUUCUCGCAGCGCGCCAGUUCCUAUACCGUCGAUUCAGCCAUCGAUGCGGACACGACGGACAAGCGUCGUUGCAUCUCGAAGGGUCAAAUGCGUGAAUUUCGUGAGGCCUUUCGUCUGUUUGACAAAGAUGGCGACGGUUGCAUCACCAAGGAGGAACUGGGCACGGUUAUGCGCUCGCUCGGUCAGUUUGCACGCGUCGAGGAGCUGCAGGAGAUGCUGCAGGAGAUCGAUGUCGAUGGCGAUGGUAACGUCAGCUUUGAGGAAUUCGUUGACAUACUCUCGAACAUGGCAUACGAGGACAAGUCCGGGCUCUCAUCCGCCGAUCAAGAGGAGCGCGAGCUGCGCGAUGCUUUUCGCGUAUUCGACAAACACAAUCGCGGCUACAUAACUGCUUCGGACUUGCGUGCCGUGCUGCAGUGCCUGGGCGAGGACUUGGAUGAGGAGGACAUUGAGGACAUGAUCAAAGAGGUGGAUGUGGAUGGUGAUGGACGCAUCGAUUUCUAUGAGUUUGUGCAUGCGCUGGGCGAGCCGGAGGACUCGCAGGAGAAUGACGAUGAGGAGGAGAACACCACCUCACCACUGCCCACGCCCAAGUCGGCGGUGUCCCUGAGCUACGAUUGAGGCGUGGCCUAAGAAGUGAUGUUACGAGUACAUUUAUCCAAUUUUGCUCAUAUCGAUAUUAUUCAACGACAUAUAUGUACAUACUAUAUAUAUACAAGUAUAUAUAUAUAUAUAUACAUAUAUAUGUGUGUACUUUUUGAUUAAGGCUUGUAGUGUCGGCUCAUAUCUCUAUUUUAAACAAAUCAGUUAAUGCAAUUUACAAUUAAUUAUUAAUAUAAUAGUGACAUUUUUCAACAAAUCACGUUUGCCCCCCUUGCCUCCCAUAAAUGAAUUGGGCCUUCAUUCUAGUCAUUCGUCGAUCUAACAAUAAUUGCUACAACGCACAGCUAAAUAAAUUUGAUCAAUAAUUAACAUGAAUUACUUUAUUUAUGAGCAUUCGCGUUGAUGCUCAUCUAUAUAGCACAUACUAUAUACAUACUUAUACAAUAUUUAUAUUUAAUAAUAUUUAGAGAUCGGACGAAGAAGGGUUCUCUCCGUUCUACCUACAAGUAUUAAGUAAACUUUCAAGCAAAUCUUUACUAUCUAUUGCUAAAUCAAAACUAUAUAUGUAUACAUCUGUAAGAC